UAAUGGCAGCAGCGGGGCUAAAACAUUUCUCACCUGAUUGGACAAUCAAAAAUUCAGUAUUGAGUGAACGGUAUCAGAAGUUCGAAGUGAGAAACAGUUUUCCCCCAAAUGUCCACUAGCUGCGAAAUCAAAUUCGAUGAGAAUCCCUACGGAGUGUACUUUCCCGGACAAACCCUUUCCGGGACUGUUGAACUCCGGUUGGGCGAAACGGUGAAAGUGAAAGGGGUUGCUCUUCAAAUCAAGGGUAUUGCUGAGGUGCGCUGGAACGAAAGUACGGGUACUGGCAAGAACCGUCGAACGAUUCACUACCAUGGACGACAGGACUACAUGAACUCCACUACGUAUUUGGCGGGAUCCAAAGACGGUAACAACAUUGAUCUGCUGCCUGGAAUCCACACAUAUCGUUUCUCCUGUGUUCUACCGAUCAACUUGAUCACAUCACUGGAAGCCGAACAUGGCCACGUCCGAUACACGGUCAAAAUCAUCCUUGAGCGUUCCUGGAAAGUCGACAACUCGUACAAAGUCGCAUUCACGGUAUUGCGCCAUGUAGAUCUUAACGAAGAGAACUUUGACGUACGUCUACCGUCCAAAAUGGCGAAGCAAAAAACUUUCUGCUGUGGUCCAUGCAGUUCCGCGCCGAUGCUCAUAACUGCCGAAACUCCGAUAACCGGAUACGUCCCAGGGCAGACCAUAGCAGUUCGCAUCGAAGUGGACAAUCAAAGCAAUAAGCAACUGGAAGAGAUCUCCACAAAGCUGCUACGGGUCGUAUCCUUCAUCAGCCAAACUCCGUACACUCGGGUCAAAAACUUAUCCACAACAGUCGCUCAGGUUCGAUGUGCGGGAGUUCAACGGCAGAACAAAGGCAGCUUCGUGCAACAUCUCCUCAUUCCACCUCUGCCACCAACUAGCAAAACUUGCCAAGUCCUAACCGUCAACUACAUGGUCGAAGUCGAAGGAAGAAUCUCCGGUCCGGCCAUCAAUCCCAAAAUCCACUUGCCGAUCAUGCUGGGAACCAUUCCGUUGACCACCACUGCAAUUCCCAACUUUGACAGUGUUGCCAACAUGACGACUCCAAUAGUGGUCCAGCCGAUGGCAUCCGCUCCGAAUCAAACGCCGGCCCUACCGGCGGAUUUGCCUCCACCGAGUUACGAGCAGGCUGUUCUUGGCAGUGCUGUCAACAUCCAGGAGGAAGGCGAAACCAACGAGAUUGGCUGGAGGGAAUACACUCCCAGAUAUGCGGUUUAUCGAUUCAAUGAAACUACGGCGCCAGCAGCUCCACCAUCGGAACCAACGGUCGGUUUCGAAUCGAAUGGAAGUUCGAUGCAAAAGUAUUAAAUUGGACGCUGAAUAAAGUUUAGGCUUAAGCACUAUGCGACGUUAUUGUUACUGAUAAAAAGACUUUUGAAGAAAAUAAAAAAUAACACCACAGAA